CACGCACUCACACAUGCUGUUGUCAGCGCCGGAGCUGUCUUUUGCCCUGCGAGUCCGUGGGCUACGGACACUUUAAAUCUUUUAAGUGUGACCAUUGGCACAGACCCCGAAGUUAAAGAUGGCAGACCUGUUACCUCCUCCUGUCCAUCUCCCUGGAGCCAUCGCAGGAUAUAGCGCCUUUCUAAAGUGCUUUUCACUCACUACAGCUCCCUUGGGUGGCAGGGUCACUGAUUUGCCACUCUGCAGAUUAUACGAUUCUACACCCGCUGCCAUGGAUGAACUGCAGGAUGUGCAGCUGACAGAGAUCAAACCCCUCCUGAAUGAUAAGAAUGCUGCUCGGCACUUCCAGGACUUUGACUGCCAGGAGCAUGACAUCGAGACAGUUUUUGGAGUUGUCCAUGUCACCAUGCGGGGCACCCCGAAGGGGAACAGACCUGUCAUCCUCACUUACCAUGACAUUGGCCUCAACCACAAAUCCUGUUUCAAUGCAUUCUUUAACUUUGAAGACAUGCAGGAGAUUACCCAGCACUUCGCUGUGUGCCACGUGGAUGCGCCAGGCCAGCAGGAGGGAGCUCCCCCUUUCCCGACUGGGUAUUACUAUCCUAGUAUGGAUGAACUGGCUGAAAUGCUGUCUGCUGUUCUAACCCACCUGAGCCUGAAAAGCAUCAUUGGGAUUGGCAUUGGAGCUGGUGCUUACAUCCUCAGCAGGUUUGCGCUCAAUCACCCUGACCUGGUGGAGGGGCUCGUGCUCAUCAAUGUUGAUCCAUGUGCAAAAGGCUGGAUGGACUGGGCAGCCGCCAAGUUUUCAGGCUGGACGACCAACAUAGUGGACAUUGUCUUGGCUCACCAUUUUGGUCAUGAAGAACUGCAGGCUAAUCUGGACCUGAUCCAGACGUACAGGCUCCAUAUUGCACAGGACAUUAACCAAGAGAACCUUCAGAUGUUUCUUGCCUCAUAUAACAGCCGCAGAGACCUGGAAAUUGAGAGGCCAGUUCUGGGCAUCAGUGAAAAUACCACAAAAACAUUCAAGUGCCCUGCCUUAUUAGUGGUUGGUGACAGCUCGCCUGCCGUUGAAGCUGUGGUUGAAUGUAACUCGCGGCUGGACCCUACCAACACUACGCUCCUGAAGAUGGCAGACUGCGGAGGGCUGCCCCAAGUGGUUCAGCCUGGGAAGCUGACAGAAGCCUUCAAGUACUUUGUGCAGGGAAUGGGCUACAUCCCUUACAUGCAGCUCAGCCACCUGAGCACUGAGUCAGUGCCAACAGUGAGUAUGACUAGACUGAUCCGCUCCCGUACCCACUCCUCCUCCAGUGUGGGCUCUGGAGAGAGUGCCCGCAGCCGUUCGCACAUCAGCAACCAAGGGGAGGGGACUGCUGGGCCCCCAGAAGCAGCUGAUGCCCAAGACACACCUCAAACCAUGGAAGUAUCCUGCUAAGAAGAGCCUUUCUGGAUCCAGACAACUUCAUCCUCCCCCACUGACCUCACCCAGAAUCUAUCAUUUCAUCCAGCAAAACCACAGUUUUCUCUAACCUGUGCAUGCCCAUCCAAGCCGCUGCCUCCUUGAUAGUCUGUGCUUGGUGCUACUUUGGUCCUUUUUGUAUGUUUCUGGGAACAGAACCACUUUAAAAGUCAUUAACAUUCCACAGGCCAAGUGAAUCCAGUCACUGUACAUGCUAGUGCCCCCUCCUUUCUGUGCUUUCUGUGCUCUGUAUCGAUCCGAUGACAGCCGUUGUUCCCUUUAUAAUUUAAAUCUGAUGUCUGUGGCUUUGUGAGGAUAGAAUUGCUUCCUAGUUGUGCUUCUGCUAAAGGACAUUAGGACUUUUGUGAUGCAGUUCUUAGCGCAUUUUGGAUGUGAGGGGAAGCGAGCCCACAAUGGUGCAAAACUCCAGGCACAGGAGAGGAGUCUUAUUCCACACGGUGUGCUGAGCACGGUAAAGCAUCCUGGCACUCCUCAGGCUGAUGGGGUUCAAAGCACUCCUGGGGGGUGGGACAGUCAUGACUAUUGUCUUGGUCUCAUGUCUUCAGAAUGAGCAGAUCCAUCUCUUACCUGAACCUCUUGAAAGGGCAAAGCAAUUAAUGAGUUAAUUCUCACUAAUUAAAAUGCACUAUUCAGCAGAGUACAAGGGAUUACACUGCUCUACAGCCGAACGAACAUGGCUUUGUCGACCCACAGGGACCCUCCAGAGCAGUUUGUAGGCGGGCCAGAUGCAAACAGGAUCAUUUAUCACAUGUGAUCACGUCUCCUCAUAACUGGACUCUUUGCUGUGACUUUUGGAAAUCUCUUAACACUCAGUACGUGGUGAGCAGUGCCCAGCUGCAGACCUGGGAUCCAGAAAUGGGCCGUGGGGGAGUUUGCUACUCCUGCUGUGCCAGCAUCCACUUAGCACUGCCACACGGUCCAGCUAGAUUGCCAGAGCAGGGUAUCCCAAUUCAAUUGUUGCUGCAAAAAUGCCAGUGAAUCUGACUCCAAUCAGAGAUGGCCUGUAUUCCAUGCCUGGAGCUUGUGGCUAACCAACAGCUAGGGAAUGUCACCAUGCAGAUUCUGUCUUCUUUCAUUGAAUUCACAAGUCUGUUGCUCUUUUUGUAUGUGGUGAGUCACAGAGGAGAGCAGGCGAAUUAAUGACCCUGUCACACAGCAGGGGAGCUCUUCACUGAGAUGAGGGAUAAACUGUCAGGUCACUGCAGGUCUCUUGAUAAAGUCAAGGUAACGCAUACUCUUUCCGUUGCUGCCCAGUUCUGACUGGUAGGGAACUGGCUCCUCAGAGCUUUCAUAUUCUGCUCCACUCAGGCAGGGAAUGGGACCGGGAGACUCUGCCUGAAGGGCACUUUGUACCUAUUAUUAAAUAAAGCUACAAAUGAGUCAUUGUU